ACACCUUCAAAACUUCUAUAGUAUCUGUUUUAUUUUACAGGGAAAAAUUGCAGAUUGUGGCAAGAAAUUGAUUACGUGAGCCUUUAUUGGAGCUAUAUUAGCAAUAUCUUCUUCGCUAGCAUACCACACAUCUUGGGAUUACGGUUCAAAUUGGUCGGGUCUAUUACUCUUUUCUUGUGUGUAUUUGGCUUUAGGCGGGUGGUUCACAGGGGGAUCCAAACACUCGUGUUCUAAGUGUCUUAACCGGGAUACUAUUGCCAAUGCAGCUGCAAGUAUUAGUCCUGCCGUAGUCAGUUUGUCUGAUUCUAUGGGUUUACAUGGAUGCGGUACUAUAAUAGACAAAGAUGGGACCAACUUAACUUGUGCGAACACGUUGAGAUCUUUUCCAGGGUUGAGUAUUAUUAAACAGAAGAUUGGUGUGACUUUGGAAGACGGUCGAACCUUUGAGGGUAGAGUAGAAAUUGCUAAUUUAGAGUUGGAUGUUGCAAUUGUAAAGAUAAAAUACAAAACACCAUUUCCAUGUGCAAAACUUGGUACUUCAGCUAAGCUUCGCCCCGGAGAUUUAGUGAUAACCAUUGGUUGUCCCUUGUACCUAUGAAACAGUGUUACAGCAGGCAUUAUAAGUUGUGUCCAUCGCAAUAGUAAUGACCUGGGCAUAGGUGGGAUGAAGAAAGAGUAUACACAAGCUGACUGUGCUACAAAUCCGGUAACAUCAAUUAACAGUACUAUUUUCAUACUUAGCCCCUUUUGCAUGACCUUGUGCACUAUGAGUGUUUAACAUCACAAUUUUAAAUCUAAAUGAUAGUAAACUGAGAAACAAUUUAUUGGAACCAAAAGAAACUUAAAUUGAAGAU